UUGUUAUUUUUUGUUUUCCCCUUCGGGGAUAAAUGUCUCGGUUUUCUCAACUGGUAUCUUCUAAUGUUUCAAUAGGGUUUCGAAUUUUUUCUGUGUUUCCCUCCGAGAUUCUCUCUGCUUUGGUUUUCUCAGUUUUUUUUCCUAAUUCGCGGCUCUCCCAGGUUGAAUUUGGUAGGUUUUUCCAAUUUAGGGUUAGGGUUUUGUGCGUGGUAGUCAAUGGUUUGUUGCGUGCAAAUUUAAUUGGGAGUGUUUUUAUUUUGGUACCCGCUUCAGUUUCGUUGGUUCUGUUGCAGAGAGAAAUGGACACUUUCCCCUUUUGAUCUUCUCGUCGAAUCAAGCAUCAAAAUCUGAGCUUCUUUUGUUCUCCCGCUGGUUUUUUGAUUUGGGGUGGAUUUUUUUGUUAUUUCUAUAUUGGGCAUCCUAGUACAUUGAAUUGGUUCGGCAUUCACUCGAAUUUGCAACGUGAGAGCUGGAGAAGCUGCGAUGAAGUGGGUAUUCUCCAAGUAGCAUUCAAUUCGAGGUCGAAUAUUCAGUCCGUGCAUGGAUUCUGGAAGGGAUGCGGGUGGUGUGGCAGGAACAGUUCUAAUUCCCAUGCGUUUUGUUUGGACAUAUGGAGGAAGGAGUGUGUUUCUCUGCGGUUCUUUCACACGGUGGUCUGAGCUUCUACCGAUGUCGCCAGUGGAAGGAUGUCCAACCGUGUUUCAAGUUAUUUAUAAUUUGCCACCCGGUUAUCAUCAGUACAAGUUUUUUGUUGAUGGAGAAUGGCGGCAUGAUGAACAUCAACCUUACGUACCAGGAGAAUAUGGGAUGGUCAACACUGUCUUCUUGGCUACUGAUCCCAACUACAUACCUGUUUUGAAUUCAGAUGUUGCACCUGGAAAUAGCAUGGAUGUGGAUAAUGAGGCUUUUCGCCGAGUGGUCCGGUUGACUGAUGGUAGUGAGGUGCUGCCAAGAAUAUCCGAAGCUGAUGUACAAAUCUCCCGUCAGCGUAUUUCUGCAUUUCUUUCUUCCCACACUGCUUAUGAAUUACUUCCCGAGUCAGGCAAGGUUGUUGCUUUGGACGUUGAUCUACCAGUGAAACAGGCAUUUCAUAUACUGCAUGAGCAAGGAAUUUUCAUGGCUCCUCUUUGGGACUUCUGCAAGGGGCAGUUUGUUGGUGUUCUUAGUGCUUUGGAUUUUAUUUUAAUUUUAAGAGAGCUGGGGAAUCAUGGGUCGAAUCUGACAGAGGAGGAGCUUGAAACACAUUCCAUAUCAGCUUGGAAAGAAGGAAAGUCUUAUCUGAAUAGGCAGAACAAUGGACAUGGAGCUGUGUUUUCCAGACGUUUUAUCCAUUCAGGGCCAUAUGACAAUCUGAAAGAUAUUGCCGUGAAAAUCCUCCAAAAGGAGGUUUCAACUGUUCCUGUUAUCCAUUGUUCUUCUGAACAUGCUUCAUUUCCACAGUUACUACACCUUGCUUCACUUUCAGGAAUCCUUAAAUGCAUUUGUAGGUAUUUUAGGCACUGCUCUAGUUCCUUGCCUGCACUUCAAUUUCCAAUCUGUGCAAUCCCUGUGGGCACGUGGGUACCCAAAAUUGGGGAAUCAAAUCGGCGGCCUCUAGCAAUGUUGAGACCAACCGCUUCUCUUGCUUCAGCCCUAAAUUUAUUAGUUCAAGCCCAAGUAAGCUCAAUACCUAUAGUUGAUGAUAAUGACUCGUUACUGGAUAUAUAUUGUCGGAGUGACAUAACAGCUUUGGCGAAGAACAGAGCGUAUACACAUAUUAAUCUUGAUGAAAUGACUGUUCAUCAGGCUUUGCAGUUGGGCCAGGACGCAUAUAGUCCCUAUGAGCUUAGAAGUCAAAGGUGUCAGAUGUGUUUGCGUUCUGAUUCUCUGCAUAAAGUGAUGGAACGCUUGGCAAAUCCAGGUGUGAGGCGGCUUGUGAUUGUGGAAGCCGGCAGCAAGCGUGUAGAAGGCAUUGUUUCAUUGAGCGACAUAUUCAAGUUCUUCCUUGGUGGUUAGUUUGGAUUGGUGAAGAAGAAGUGAAAGGGUCUGUGUAGUGCUUAUGACAUACAAUUAGCCGCCGUGACUUGUCCAGCCAUUGAAAGUGCUUUCUACACGGUGAUUUUUAUCUCAUUUCAUUGUAAUACAAUUGGAUUGGCCUCUUGCUUUAUUGCCUCUUUUUAAGAUUUUAGGCUGAGAGAGAGGCCUGUAAAUUCAGAGUAUUUGAUUGCCCCAAAAUUUAUUCAUCUCUCCCCAUUCGUAUUAUCUUCAAAUGUAUUGUGCUCCUGACAAUAGAUACCAGCAAGGUGGGGGAGCACAACAUCUGUAAUCAUUCCAUGCUGUGAAGAUAUCAAGUUUGAAGAAAAAAAAAUGAGGAUGAAGAUUGAGAUACUGUUGUUUUAUAUUUGUUGAUUAAUAAUCCUUACUUAGGGUUUGAUUGUUUACCUUACUUAAGAAUAACUUUAGCCUAAGUAGCUUAUCAAUAAGGGACCUUUGCAUAUCAAGUUGUAUCAUUAGAGUAGCUGAUCUGAACAAAAAACCUAUAAGCAACAAUUGUUUGUACUAGUUUAUCUAAUAGUAGGACAUGUUUAAGCAA